GUUAAGCGCAGCAGCAGCAGCAGCUAAACGAGUAGAGUGAGUGGGUUUUCGAUCUCAAUACUCUCUCUCUCCUCUCUUCCCAUUAGGGUUUCUUCCUCAACCCGAUCCCCCAUGGCCGACGAAUCUCAAUAUUCGGCUAACCCCGACAGCACCCCUACCCCUCCCUCCCUCAAGCGCAAGUACAACGACGACCACCGCCCUACUGGAUUCUCCGACGGCCCCGACCCGGCGGCGCCGCCACCCCCCUCCUACAACAACGUCCCUCCCCCUUCCUCCGCCGCCUCCGACUUCGAGCUCGCCAAACAGCGCGCCCAAGAAGUCGCCGCUCGCCUCCUCAGCGGCGCCGCUCCCCUCGACCCCACCAAACGCCCCAAGCACGACAACAACGGCUCCUCCUUCGACUCCAUCGAUGUGAAGGGUCCAUACUCGGUGCCGUCGAUUUCGCCGUCGGCGGUGUCGUACUCGUACCAGGGUGGUGGUGCGAGCAAGAAGAUUGACAUUCCCAAUGGGAGGGUUGGUGUUAUCAUUGGAAAGGGUGGUGAGACCAUCAAGUACCUUCAGCUGCAGUCUGGUGCCAAAAUUCAAGUCACUCGUGAUAUGGACGCGGAUCCGAAUUCGGCUACUAGGACUGUUGAGCUUAUGGGUUCUCCUGAUGCUAUUGCCACUGCUGAGAAGCUCAUCAACGAAGUUCUCGCUGAGGCUGAAACUGGAGGUUCUGGCAUUGUUGCUCGACGAGUGGCUGGGCAAGCUGGGUCUGACGAGUAUGUGUCGAAGAUCCCAAAUAACAAGGUUGGUCUUGUAAUUGGUAAAGGUGGAGAAACAAUAAAGAAUAUGCAAGCUUCAACUGGAGCAAGAAUUCAGGUGAUUCCUCUUCAUCUUCCACCAGGUGACACAUCUACCGAAAGAACAUUAAAAAUUGAAGGGACCCCUGAACAAAUUGAGUCUGCCAAACAAAUGGUUAAUCAAGUCAUCAGUGGCGAGAAUCGUCAGAGAAAUCCAUCUAUGUCUGGUGGUUAUUCUCAGCAAGGUUACCAAGCUAGGCCACCGACUAGCUGGGGUCCCCCUGCUGCUCCAAUGCAACAAUCUGGUUAUGGCUAUGUGCAGCCAGGAGCAUACUCUGGUCCACCCCAGUAUAACGUGCCUCAGCAACCAUAUGCAGGCUAUCCUCCCCAGUCAUCUGGUGGAUAUUCCGCCGCCAACUGGGAUCAGUCCACUGCCCCACAGCAGCAGUCUGCCCAUGCCGGGUAUGAUUACUAUAGUCAACAGCAGCAGCAGCAAAAUCCUGCACCUCCAUCCGAUGGGACUGCUUACAAUUACAGCCAACCACCUUCCUCUGGUUAUAGCCAACCGGGGCAGGGCUAUGCUCAGGAUGGCUAUGGUGGAUAUCAUGCGCCACCUCAAUCAGGGUAUGGUCAGCCACCAUCAUAUGAUCAGCAGCAAGGUUAUAGCUCAGCUGCCAGCUAUGGUAGCAACCCAGCCCCAGAGGGCCACACUGCCAAUUACGGAUCCCAAGGGGAUUCAACCCAAGCUCCACCUGCCCAGCCUCCAAGUCAAGGUUAUGGGACUGGCCAACAACCUAGCCCAAAUGCUGCCAACUAUGCACCACAAGCUCAACCAGGUUAUGGGGUGCCCCCAACCUCCCAGCCGGCUGCUUAUGGCAGUCAACCUCCAGCACAGUCUGGUUAUGGAUCUGGCUAUGGACCCCCUCAGACCCAAAAGCCUAGUGGCACACCUCCUGUGUAUGGACAAUCCCAAUCACCUAACACAGCAGGGGGAUAUGGUCAAUCUGGUCAUUUGCAAUCUGGAUAUCCUCCUUCCCAGCCUCCACCUUCGGGAGGAUAUGCCCAACCAGAAUCAGGUUCUCAAAAAGCUCCACCAUCUGGUUAUGGUGGUGCAGUGCAGCCAGGGUAUGGUCCCCCGUCAUAUGGUGGUGCCCCAGCAGGUGGUCAACCUGGUUAUGGCCAGGCUCCUCCAUCGUACAGCAACAGUUCUUAUGGUGCUGCUGGUUACGCUCAGCCUCCAGUAUAUUCCAGCGAUGGUAAUGUAGGUGGGACUACUCGUGGAGCCUAUGAUGGAGCACCUGCACAGCCUGUUCAACAGGCUGCUAAAACGUCUCCUCAGAGUUGAUAUAGUAUAGGUUGUCAAAUUUGGAUCUUUCUGAAUUGUCUGUUUUAAUUUUAUUGUAGUAGUGACGCAUUUACAUAGCUUUGCAGUGUUGAGAUGGAUGCAUUAUAUACACUUUAUUCUGUUGUCUUAAAUUACGAAUUCCUUAGUAUGCGUGUUACUAUUCCGAGAAAA